GAAAGAUACGGCAGCACCCUAACUGCGAUGUGCCACCCUGUGACAGCAAAUGAUAGGUUUUCUUGAGUAUGUUUUUGACAAUACGUUUUCUUUCCUUUCUGCCUUUACUUCUUACAAGGAGCGUGAGAAAUUUUACAUUAUUUAAUAAAAUCCAGAUAGAUCCCUGAAAAUACUAAAGUAAGUACUAUUGUAAUAUCUGUAAAGCACUUGUAACUAAUGAAUAAAUAUAAACACCAGUUAUUUCAAACAUCUCAAUACAUAAACGAGUGUUUUGGAAAUUUGGGCGUGGGAUCGCUGGCUUCCGCAACAACUUUGAAAUAAUUUAACAUUUCCCAAUUUGCAAAAUGCCCGAUGCUGGAAUGUCAGAAGGUCAUAGCUGUAAGAGUUGCUCAAAGGCAGACAAUUCGCAAAUGGUUUGCUGUGAUGUAUGCGAUCAAUGGUAUCACUUUCGAUGUGCUGGCGUUACGGCCUCCAUCGAAAACGUGGACUGGCGCUGUUCAGAUUGCUCUACAUCUUCACGCAGUACGACGACUGGGGCGGAAAAACAAAAGGCUGGCGCUGGUGUUGCCCUCCCUAACCAGGCGACUGAAGGCAAGCAGGGUCGGCAAAUUACGGUCAGCCAUGAGGAAGGCGCUGCCUGCGCACUCACGCCACAAGAGGCGACCCAUCCAUCACCUACAGCCGCAACCGGACAAGGUGGUACGUCGAGUCGGAGUAGUCCUGGCAGUAAAUCGGCACGAGCCCGACGGCUCCGUGCAGAAGCAUCACUAAUCGAAGAAGAGGAGCGGAUCCUGCGUCAAAGGGAAGCUCUACUUGAUCGGCGUAAAAAGCUUCUGCAACAAGUAGAAACCGAAGACGAAUGUUCAGACCUAGAUGAAGGUUUGGACACUAUCGCAGUUCAAAAGUGGUUGAAUGGCACUGGGCACACCUUGCCCACCUCAGGGCCACCGAAUAAAGGUGAAGGCAUCCGGCACCGUGACCAUGGCGGUAUUUCUGCCACUCCUCUGCGGCCAAAUGAGUCACCAGCUGACAACAAUAUGCAAAACCAAAUCACUUCGUUGCAAGAGAAGUUCUCUACUCUUGAACAGCAGGUGCAAACACAUGCCGGGCCCGCAGUCGGUAUGACUUGGCUACCGAAAUUGGCACCCGAGCGUGUGCCAGCGCCAACAGAGUCUCAACCACAACUGGCAGGGCAGACUUUGUCACGGCCACCCGAUCAACGCUGCCUAACCAAAAAUCAAAUUGCUGCGCGCAAUGGUGUUUGUAAAGAGCUGCCUAAGUUCAACGGGAAACCUGAAGAAUGGCCCCUGUUUCUGGCCACAUAUCAACAGACCACCGAACUAUGUGGAUUUUCGGAGGGUGAAAACUUAUUGCGCUUACGUCAGGCGUUAGAAGGAGCGGCACGGAACGCAGUAAGAAAAUUGCUCUUACACGCGACCUGCGUCCCACAAAUACUCGACACACUACGAAUGAAAUUCGGACGUCCCGAACUUAUUAUUGCCGUGCUCCUGGCACGAAUUCGAGAAAUACCAGCAGUAAAAGAAAACCGCCUUGAGGCUCUCGUAGAUUUGGCUUUGGAGGUGCAAAACAUCUGCGCAACAAUGAAAGCUUCAAACAUGGUCUGCCACCUUAACAAUCCCGAGUUGGAACAAGAGUUGGUUGGCAAGCUGCCAGGAUUGCUCGCCGCCUUUUGGGGCAUGCACAAAUUGCAGUUGACUUCCUCAAAUCUCGAAAGUUUCG